ACUUCGACUUGCGUGAUCGUUUGUCGUGUGUCAUCGUUUUUUGAAGGCAUAAGAAGUCAUUUAAUUUUUGUAUACAAAGAGAAUUAUGCGUGCAUUAUUUCCACAACAAAUUUACAAAAUAUUGAAUCUAAAUUAUUAGUGCAGAAGGUGUUACCGGAACCUUAGUUGUAACGGAACAGGUGGUGGUUAUGAUAAGGGGAAUGGAGUAAAAGGAAAAUUUUGCGUUUAUAUUUGCUUGCCUAUACGAAAAACGCAGAAAGUUAAACAAAGGGUCAAAUUGUUUGUCAGAUGAUAGCGCAGUUGUUACUUUAUUAGGAAAUUCUAAAUCACAAACUAAACAAAAAUAAAGAGGACUAAGCCCCGAAAAAGACAAGCGAGCGAGCCACAAGCAGCGUUAUUGCCUCAUUCUGCGACGUUUCCACGCAUCGCUUCUUGCGCCACAUCACCCAUAGCCAAGAAAAUGCAACGCCCCAAUGCCGUAGUGAGACCAACAAGUCUCGAUGAAAUCUGGAACGACCUGGAGGAUGGUAUCAAACAGGUGUUUCAGCCAGAAAAGUCGAAUUUAUCGACCGAUCGGUAUAUGCACUUGUACACAUACGUUUAUAACUAUUGCACAAGUGUGAAUACUGUUCAACGUUCGAUGGCUCGUGCAGGUGGAGCACAGCUCGUUGGCAAGAAGUUAUACGACCGUCUCAAAGAGUUCCUGAAAACUUAUUUAACCGGAUUACAGAAGGCGUUUGAUAAUAUUGAGGGCGAAGAAAUACUGUUGACACAUUACACCAAACAAUGGGAAUCAUAUCAGUUCUCAAGCAAAGUUUUAAACGGUAUUUGCAGUUAUUUGAAUCGACACUGGGUGAAGCGAGAAUGCGAGGAGGGCCAAAAAGGUAUUUAUGAUGUCUAUCGACUAGCUUUGGUCACGUGGAAGGAAAAUCUAUUCAGAACGCUGAAUGAAUCAGUUACAAACGCUGUACUGCGAUCGAUUGAAGAGGAACGUAAUUCCCAAACCAUAAACCGCCACCUCAUAAAGAGUGUCAUAAAUUCUUAUGUGGAGCUGGGCUUCAACGAGGAGGAAUCAGAUUCUGAUAAUUCCAAGAAACUAUCUGUUUACAGGGACCACUUUGAGAAUAAAUUUAUUAAGAAAACUGCAGAGUUUUACAAGAAACAAUCCGAAGUAUAUUUGAGUAGCUAUUCGGUGUCUGAUUACUUGAAGCAUGUGGAGGAUCGCCUUGACGAGGAAAGCAAACGAGUGAAUCGUGACGAGUUUUCAUAUCUACAUGAGAGCACACAUAAUAUCCUUAUCAAGACUUGUGAGCAGGCAUUGAUUGAAAAGCACCUUGAGCGGUUCCGCGCCGAGUUUCAGAAAUUUCUUAAUGACAAUAAGAAUGAUGAUCUAAAACGCAUGUACAGCUUAGUUGCACGUAAUCCCGAAAAUUUAACCGAACUGAAGCGUAUACUUGGUGAUCAUAUAUUAGAGCAAGGCACUGAAGCCAUAAAGAAAGCUGGUGCCGAAGCAGCCAACGAUCCUAAGUUGUACGUGCAAACCAUAUUGGAAGUCCAUAAGAAAUACCAUGGUCUUGUUGUUGUAGCCUUUAACAACGACAACGGUUUUGUGGCAGCACUUGACAAGGCAUGUGAGAAAUUCAUCAACUUGAACGAAGUGACGCAGGCAAAUAGUGCCAACAAAUCGCCAGAAUUGCUUGCCAAAUACUGUGAUUUGUUGCUGAAGAAAUCUUCUAAGAAUCCCGAAGACAAGGAACUCGAAGAUAAUCUGAACCAAGUAAUGGUUGUUUUCAAAUACAUUGAGGAUAAGGAUGUUUUCCAAAAGUUCUACUCGAAAAUGCUUGCCAAGCGCCUCGUAUAUCACACAUCUGCUUCUGAUGAUGCCGAGGCGAUAAUGAUUUCCAAAUUAAAACAAACUUGCGGUUAUGAAUACACGAUCAAAUUGCAACGCAUGUUCCAAGACAUUGGUUUGUCUAAGGAUUUGAAUGCGAGCUUCAAACAACAUUUAGUAAAUGCAAGAAUACCGCAAGAAAUAGAUUUUAGCAUUGAAGUAUUGUCGUCGGGGUCAUGGCCGUUUAACCAGAGCACCACAUUUUUAUUGCCCUCCGAAUUGGAGCGUUCUGUACAGCAAUUUAAUGAAUUCUAUGCAAAUCGGCACUCCGGCCGCAAACUGAAUUGGCUGUAUAAUCUGUGCAAAGGUGAUUUGGUGACCAAUUGCUUCCGCAAUCGGUACACACUGCAGGCGAGCACAUUCCAAAUGGCUGUGCUUCUACAAUUCAAUGACCAAACUAAAUUCACUCUGCAGCAGUUGCAAGAAAAUACCCAAAUCAGCUUAGAAAAUCUUAAACAGGUGCUACAGAUCUUAAUGAAAGCCAAGCUGCUGGUUUGCGCUGACGAUGAGAAUUCGCUCAAUCCCAACUCUGUGAUGGAGCUAUUCUUGGAUUAUAAAAACAAGAAGCUUCGCAUUAACAUCAACCAACCGCUAAAGACUGAGCUCAAAGUGGAGCAAGAAGCAGUUCAUAAGCAUAUUGAAGAGGAUCGCAAACUGCUUAUACAAGCCGCCAUUGUACGAAUAAUGAAGAUGCGAAAGAAGCUUAACCACACACAGCUUAUAACUGAAGUACUCAACCAAUUGGCGUCGCGCUUCAAACCUAAGGUGCAGGUGAUCAAAAAAUGCAUUGAUAUUCUAAUCGAAAAGGAGUAUCUGGAGCGUAUGGAGGGACAAAAGGAUACCUAUAGUUAUUUGGCAUAAAUGUUUUAUUCAAAUGAACGAGGUCCACUUCACUCAACAACCACCACGGUUGCGCAUAAAAACAAAUCGUGCAGGGGCGAUAAGAACUAUUUCAUAUUUCAAUUUUUUGUUAAAUUAGCAUUUUAUCCAAUUUCAAACUUCAUGAAACGCAUAUUACAUUCAAAAAUAAAUACAAAUAAGUUAACUAAUUGAUCACAUGAAAUACAUAGUUAUUGAUAAAACUAAUUAUAUUCAGUCUAAAUUUUAGACGCUUAACAAAAAAAAAAAACUCAUGCUCAUGUGGUCAUUCAGUUUAUUUCGAAACUAGA